AUGGAGCUGAUCAGGGAUGAACAUCCACUGGAGGUUUCUAAUCUUUUUCCUUGUGUUUUUAUUUCUGUGCAGAUUGUUUCUCAGAGGAAACUCUCCAAGUCCUUACUCAAACAUGGAAACACAGCAGGAAAGUCAUCUAUAACAGUGAUUGCUGAGGAGUUGUCUGGCAAUGACGACUACGUUGAACUUUCAUUCAGUGCGCGGAAAUUGGAUGACAAGGAUUUUUUCAGCAAAUCUGAUCCUUUUCUGGAGAUUUUCCGGAUGAAUGAUGAUGCAACCCAACAACUUGUUCACAGAACUGAGGUUGUGAUGAAUAACUUAAAUCCCGCUUGGAAGACCUUUAAAGUAUCUGUAAAUUCUCUGUGCAGUGGAGACCAGGACCGCAGGCUAAAGUGCAUAGUUUGGGACUGGGAUUCCAAUGGAAAGCAUGACUUCAUUGGAGAAUUUAGCUCGACUUUCAAGGAAAUGCGAGGAGCUAUGGAAGGAAGACAGGUACAAUGGGAAUGCAUUAACCCCAAGUACAAAGCAAAGAAGAAGAAUUACAAGAACUCAGGCAUUGUCAUCCUUAACCAGUGCAAGAUCCACAAGAUGCAUUCUUUCCUAGAUUAUAUCAUGGGAGGCUGCCAAAUACAGUUUACAGUAGCUAUAGAUUUCACUGCGUCAAAUGGUGAUCCUAGGAACAGCUGCUCACUGCACUACAUCCACCCUUACCAACCCAAUGAGUACUUGAAAGCAUUGGUAGCUGUUGGGGAGAUUUGCCAAGACUAUGACAGUGACAAAAUGUUCCCAGCCUUUGGAUUUGGAGCAAGGAUACCCCCAGAAUACAAAGUCUCUCAUGAUUUUGCAAUCAAUUUCAAUGAAGACAACCCAGAAUGUGCAGGAAUACAGGGUGUUGUGGAGGCUUAUCAGAGCUGCCUUCCCAAGCUGCAGCUGUAUGGGCCCACAAACAUCGCUCCCAUCAUCCAGAAGGUGGCAAAAUCAGCAUCUGAGGAGACCAACACCAAGGAAGCCUCGCAAUAUUUCAUCUUGCUGAUUCUGACGGAUGGCGUCAUCACAGACAUGGCUGACACCAGAGAGGCCAUCGUCCACGCCUCUCACCUUCCCAUGUCAGUCAUCAUCGUCGGGGUGGGGAACGCCGAUUUUAGUGACAUGCAGAUGCUGGACGGUGAUGAUGGGAUCCUGAGGUCUCCCAAGGGCGAGCCUGUGCUUCGAGACAUUGUCCAGUUUGUGCCAUUUAGGAACUUCAAACAUGCAUCCCCAGCUGCUCUAGCAAAAAGCGUUUUGGCUGAAGUUCCAAACCAAGUCGUGGACUAUUACAAUGGCAAAGGGAUAAAACCAAAAUGUAUGUCAGAGUACGAGUCUUCCAGGACACUAGCUCCAUGAACCUGCCUGCACUCUUUUACAAAAUUAAAGACGAAAAAAGCUACCGUCCACAACUACUGUACUUAAAAAUGAAACAAAAAAAAUAGCACGUUUUGGUGAUUUUUAACUAAAAUAAUCAUUUUUUUUGCAUGUGUAGCCUGAAGGCUUUAAUCUAUUAAGCAGUUGUAUUGUUGAAAACUUUUUAUGAGAAAAAAAAUCCAGAAAAAAAAAAGUGAACUCUUUACAUUACAGCAUGUCGCCUUGAAAUAAAGAGUUAUCUGUAUCUGUUUUUUAUACAGGUUUGUUGAAAUUUUGCUAAAUUUCUUAUCUUUACACUGUAAAGCAUUUUGAAAUAUUUAUUGAGAGUCGAUAGCCAAAAUGUCUUUGGUUUAAUCUGCUAUGAACUGAGAGAUUUUUCAAAAUGGCAGAUGCAUGAACUGUAUUUUGCAUGUUUAAAAUAAAAACAACACGGUU